CUCAUGGCGUCCGUGGAUUCUGAGCAGGAUAGUGGGGUUCUCCGAGUCCUCGCCCCCGGGGAAUGCAGUGGCUCUUCCUUGUCCGGCGCCCAGUGCUUCGAGGACCCCGGCCAGGGCUCAGGCCCGGUCAGGGCCCCUGUGGUGGCUGAGGGUCCCAGCUCCUGCCUCCCGCGGAACGUGCUCAGUGAGAGGGAGCGCAGGAAGCGGAUCUCCAUGAGCUGUGAGCACCUGCGGGCCCUGCUGCCCCGGUUCGACGGCCGGCGGGAGGACAUGGCCUCGGUCCUGGAGAUGUCCGUGCAGUUCCUCCGGCUCGCCAGCGCCCUGGUGCCCAGCCGAGAGCAGCACACUUUUGUUCCUCCUGCCAAAGAGAUGUGGCACAAGUGGCAGAAAGAUGUUUUGCAGCUGGUCCUGGCGAGUCAGAUCCCAGCAGGUGCACCAGACCCCGGCACAGGAGCAUCUGGCGUGACCAUGCAACAGGACCCCCCAAGCUGUGCGACUGAGGGUGUGGGUGAGGGCGAGGUCCCAUCAGGGGUGGCCGAGGUGCUGGACGGGCCGCUGGCCCUCCUUGAGUCUCCCAGCCUGGUGCCCCGGCCCACAGGCCCAAGUCCCUCCAAGGCCUUGAGGCCACCACCACUCUGGCCUCGAGGGGAUGAGGCUCAGACCUGCCUGGGCCAGGCUGGGCCUCCAGCUGAGGGGGCCAACAUGGCCAUGACACCAGACGCCAGAUCCGUGUCGAGAUGUGAUGUGGAAGACCGGACAUCGUUCCUGCUGACUGCCAGUCCCGACUGGUGGCUGGGGUCCCUGGAGGGCAGAGGCGGCAGUGCGCCGGCCAGGAGCACCCCAUCGGACAGGGCAGAGCUGAGCUUCCUGGUGGACCCCGAGCCCGGCUCCCAGGAGCUCUUGGAUGGCCCCCUAGAGCCGUGGGGCUCAGACGUGGGUGGCCCCGGCCUGGCCCUGCGGGACGAGGUGGACAGCCUCUUCCCUGAGUUUUUUACCUACUAGGCGGCUGGGGGCCCGCCAGGCUGCAGGGAGGGGUGCUCGGGGGCUUGUGUGGACGCUCGGGCAUUUUAUUAUUUUGGGUUUAGGUUGCAGCUGUGCUGAUCCGGGGCUGGCAGGGCUGCUGUGGAGUGGAGGCUGCAUAUUAAAGAGAAAGCGAUUUUCCUGGAGG